UGGUAUAGCUUUAAAUAAGAAACUUGAGGCAGUUUACAUGGUUUUAAUGCCCCCUAGUGGCUUAGUUAGUAACAGCAUAGCCUCAAUUCAAACUUGUUUAGUUGUUAACUGACCAUCCAGCAGUGCAGUCAGUCAUUGUUUUCUCCCGGUGAAAUCUUGGCCCACAUAUGCCUUUUUACAAAAAAGGAUAAGAGAGAAGAAAUAAAGAUUUUGAGUUUGAACUCUCUACUGUAUGCUGUCUGUCUAACUGGAUAGCUCCAGCCAGUUUCACGUUCAGUUGGGACAGAACAGUAAAAAGGCAUAUAAUUCAGCAGACGUCACCAAACGAAGACAUUAACUGCAUGCGUCAUGUCUGAGCCACCAAAUCUUGAAUCCCACAUGCAGCAGAUACAGCGCACUGAAGUAGAUAUUCAUUCAGAGUUUCUUGAAACAAGAUCAUGUUGUUCUAGCUCAUCAAAACAGUCAAGUCGGUCAUCAGCAAGCGUUGCAGCACUUAGAGCACGUGCAAAGGCAGAGGCUGCACAAGCGCAGUUGACCUACGCAGAGCAGGAAGCAGAAGCUAUGAAACAACAAGCAGAUAUCCAGGCUCAGCUGCAUGUCCUAAAAAUAAAGAAAAUGGCUGCUGCCGCUUCAGCAGAGGCAAAGAUUUUAGAAGCUGCUGUUCAAGAGGAAGAGAUACAAUCCCUAGCAAGUGAACACCUUUCAGCCACUUCCAUGGACAAAAAGCAAAAUGUCUUGGACUAUGUUGACAGUCAGCUGUAUUCACGAAAAAGUCAAGUAACAAUGCAGCCUGAAGUCAGAGUUAUACAGUCAGCAUCAUGUAACUCUGAGGGGAAUACGAACAUAGUCCCACAGACAGUUCCACACAGUAUGCCCAUCUUGAAGGAAGAAGAUUCAAGUAUGUAUCAAAGACCAAGUGAGAGACAACUUCCUAGCAAUCACCACUCACAGCCUAUUCCAAGAGCAACAAACACAGGUGAUUCAAGUCAAUGCAGACCAGUCAUGUCAUCUACGCCAACCCAUCAUGACACAUCUGCUAUAAGUGAUGUAGCAAAAUAUCUGAUGAGACGAGAAUUAGUGUCAGCUUCUUUACAGAAAUUUGAUGAUAAUCCACAGAACUACCGUGCGUGGAAAUCCUCCUUCUUGAAUGUGACCAGAGACUUAUCUUUGUCACCUAGAGAGGAACUUGAUCUUCUCAUCAAAUGGCUCGGUCCACUUUCAGCAGAGCAAGCAAAGAGAGUCAGCUGCGCACAAGUCCACGAUGUCACAGCAGGCCUUACAAAGGUUUGGCAGCGCCUAGAAGAAACAUACGGAGCUCCUGAGGUGAUUGAAUAUGUCCUUUUUAAGAAAAUUGAGGACUUUCCGAGGAUAUCUGCCAGAGAGAAUAGGAAGCUGAGAGAUUUGGGAGACCUCUUGCUUGAAUUGGAAAUUGUUAAAGAAGAAGGACACUCACCUGGUCUUGCCUUCCUAGAUACGGCACGUGGCGUUAAUCCAAUCGUGGAGAAGUUGCCUUAUUCUCUUCAAGACAAAUGGAUCGCAAGGGCAUCAAAAUUCAAAUCUGAUCACAAUGUCACUUUCCCACCCUUUUAUGUCUUUUCUAAAUUCAUACAAGAGCAAGCGCAAAUCAGAAACGAUCCAAGCUUUACCUUUCUGUCAGUGGGUGCUGAAAAAUUGGAGAGAUCUGUGAGGAACAACCAAAGAACACCAAUAUCAGUGAGAAAGACAGAUGUCUCGAAUGAAUCCAUUCAAUAUGAAGAUCCAGACAAACUAUGUCCCCUCCACAAGAAACCACACCCUCUCAGAAAAUGUCGCAGCUUCCGCAGCAAGCCUCUUGAGGAGAGAAAGGCAUACCUGAAAGAGAAGAAUAUCUGUUUCAGGUGUUGUGCAUCCACCAAACACCUAGCUAGAAACUGUCCUGUUAAAAUCACCUGCAAGGAGUGUGAAAGCGACAAGCACAAUUCAGCAUUACAUCCAGGCCCUGCUCCACACAACACUAGACCACCUUCAGAACAUCAUGGCGGGGAGCCUGAAACAUGGACAGCAUUAACUUCAGCAACAGCAAUGUGCACUGAAGUAUGUGGAUACUCACAAAGCUCCAGGUCAUGUGCCAAGAUCUGCCUGGCUAAGGUGUAUCCAUUAGGACAAAUGGAUAAGGCAGUCAAGUUAUAUGCAGCAUUAGAUGAUCAGAGCAAUCGCUCCUUUGCUCGUUCUGAGUUUUUUGACCUCUUUGGUGUUAAAGGAGCGAUAGAACCUUACACGCUCAAGACAUGCUCAGGCAUCAUGGAAAUGGAAGGAAGGCGAGCCAAAGGCUUCAUCAUAGAGUCCAUUGAUGGUAGUGUGAAGGUCCCUCUUCCUCCAUUGCUUGAAUGUGACAUGAUUCCAGAUGACCGGUCCGAGAUACCCUCUCCUGAGGUGGCACAAAACCAUCCUCAUUUACAGGCCAUUGCACACAAAAUCCCACCCAUUGAUGCUAAAGCACAAAUUCUUCUGCUCUUAGGCAGAGACAUGUUGAGGCUGCACAAAGUUAGAGAGCAACGCAAUGGGCCACAAGACACACCAUUUGCCCAACGCCUUGACCUCGGCUGGGUGGUUGUAGGUGAUGUCUGUUUGGGACGUGCACACAAAGCAGACUCUGCAACAACCUACAAAACCAACAUUCUGUUUAAUGGGAGACCAUCCUACCUUAGUCCAUGCACCAACAGCAUGUAUGCAAAAGAAAAACUGCCUGCAAACCAACACAGCUGUAUCAUACAAAACCAAGACGCUUACCACAGAGUUCGCACCGACAACCUUGGUGACACAGUGUUUGUCCGGAAGGAGGAUGAUGAAAGACCAGCACCUUCGCAAGACGAUGAAUGUUUCCUCACAAUCAUGCAGAAUGAGGUGUAUCAAGAUGAGUCAAACAGCUGGGUUGCACCUCUACCCUUUGUGACACAUAGGCAGCGACUACCAAACAACCGAGCUCAGGCUCUUAAACGGUUGUACUCACUCAGACGGAGUCUUGAUAAGAAAGCAGAGAUGAGAGAUCACUUUGUUAAAUUCAUGCAAAAGAUCCUCGACAAUCAACAAGCAGAACUAGCCCCUGCCCUGAAACCUGAUGAAGAGUGCUGGUACCUCCCUUUGUUCGGGGUGUAUCAUCCUCAGAAACCCGGACAAAUACGGGUAGUUUUUGACUCAAGUGCCAGGUAUGAGGGUGUAUCGUUGAAUGACAUCCUCUUAAGCGGGCCAGACUUGAACAACACUCUGGUUGGGGUUCUGAUGCGAUUUCGUAGGGAGCCCAUAGCCAUAACAGCUGAUGUGGAACAAAUGUUCUAUUGUUUCACAGUAAGGGAAGAUCACCGCAACUAUCUACGCUUUCUCUGGUACAGAGACAAUGAUCUUUCGAAAGAAGUGACAGAGUACCGCAUGACUGUGCAUGUGUUUGGAAACAGCCCCUCUCCGGCAGUGGCGAUAUAUGGGCUAAGAAGGGCUGCCCAUGCUGGAGAAAAGGAACAUGGCACAGAAGCAAUGCAAUUCGUCACCAGGAACUUUUAUGUAGAUGAUGGUCUGAUUUCACUCCCCACUGAGACAGAUGCAAUCAGUCUCCUACAAAAAACACAGGAGAUGUUAGCAGAGUCCAAUUUGCGCCUACACAAAAUUGCCUCAAACAGUAGCAAGGUAAUGCAGGCAUUCUUAACUGAUGAUCUAGCGAAAGACCUCAAGGACUUAGACUUGGGAGCAGACUCUCUACCUCUUCAGCGUAGUCUUGGAUUGAGCUGGAGUCUGGAAUCCGAUGUCUUCAUCUUCCAAGUUUCCAGGGAGGAAAAACCCUUCACCAAGCGAGGGGUUAUCUCCACCGUAAACAGUUUAUACGACCCGCUGGGUUUUGUCGCUCCCAUCACUGUGCAAGGAAAAGCUCUCAUCCGAGAACUUACCAAAGAAUCAUGCGACUGGGAUGACCCUCUUCCAUCUGUUAAAGAGCAACAAUGGAAUGCAUGGAAGUUCUCUCUUUGUGAAAUAGAGAGAUUGCAUAUCCCCAGGUCUUAUGUUUCUGUAUCUCUGUCCUCAACACAACACAGAGAACUUUGCGUCUUUUCUGAUGCCUCAUCAAUGGCAAUUGCCGCUGUUGCUUACAUACGCGUUCUCAGUGAAGAAGGAAAGUACCUCACUGGAUUUGUCAUGGGAAAAUCCAAGCUUGCACCGAAAAUCGCACAUACAAUACCACGAUUAGAGUUAUGUGCUGCGGUUCUUGCUGUGGAGAUGGCUGAGCUCAUUUGCCAGGAAAUGGACCUUGAGUUUCAAGCUGUAAAGUACUACACAGACAGCAAGAUCGUGUUAGGAUACAUCCAUAACACUUCAAGAAGGUUCUAUGUCUACGUAUCGAACAGAGUUUCAAGGAUCAGGAAGUCCACUAAACCCACUCAAUGGCAUCAUGUCUCAACAGAGAACAAUCCAGCUGACUUUGCAACCAGGCCAAUAACAGUAGGCCUCCUGGAAAAAACAAGCUGGUUUACAGGGCCCUCCUUUCUGAAGGAAACUCAGCAGUUGUCUUCACUCCUGACACCAGCUGAAUUUGACUUUGUCAACCCAGAGCAAGACGUUGAGAUUCGUCCAGAAGUAGGUGCUUUCACAACUAAAAUUCAUGGCAAACCUCUCAAUCCACAGAGGUUUGAACGCUUUUCGUCCUGGAAAAGUCUGAUACGUGGAAUGACAAAGCUCAUCCUUGUGGCAAGGAAGAAGUCCAAGGUUGCCAGGCAAAACUCAGAAAAUCCACAAACACAAGCCAAACUGCAAAUCCUCCGGAGUGUACAGCAGUCUGAAUUCAAGGGUGAAGUCAAAGCACUGCAAGCAGGAGAGCAAGUCCCCAAAACAAGUUCCCUGUGGAAGCUGAGCCCUUUCAUUGAUCCAGAUGGAGUGCUGAGAGUAGGAGGCAGAGUAUCUUUGGCUGAUCUUCCAUAUGACGAGAAACACCCAGUCAUACUUCCCAAGAAACACCAUGUGUCGACUUUGCUUGUGAGACAAUACCACCAAGAUGUUGCACACCAAGGUCGCCAUUUCACAGAAGGGGCACUUCGCUCUGCUGGUGUGUGGAUAAUUGGUGCAAGAAAGUUAGUCUCCAGUUUGAUUUAUGAAUGUGUCAUGUGCCGAAAACUCAGAAGAAGGCCCGAAGAGCAAAAGAUGGCUGAACUACCUGUGGAUAGGCUAAGCAUGGAGCCUCCAUUCACCCGGGUUGGUCUUGAUGUCUUUGGCCCAUGGAGUGUUGUCUCACGACGGACUAGAGGAGGAAUAACAGACAACAAACGUUGGGCAGUCCUGUUUACUUGCCUGGGAACACGGGCUGUUCACAUAGAGGUGAUAGAGUCUAUGUCCACAUCAAGUUUCAUCAAUGCCUUAAGACGUUUUUUUGCCAUACGGGGCCCUUCCAAAAUUCUUAGAUCAGAUAGGGGAACCAAUUUCGUCGGAGCAUGCAGGGAGUUGAAGAUCUGCUCAGAUGAUCCUGAACUUCAUGGUUACCUCAGCUCUGAAGGAUGCUCGUGGACCUUUAAUGCACCACACUCAUCUCACAUGGGAGGCUCUUGGGAGAGAAUGAUUGGUGUAGCUCGGCGGAUCUUAGAUGCAAUGCUGCUCCAGUCAGGUCCCACUCGUCUCUCUCAUGAAGUGCUCACGACUUUGAUGGCAGAAGUCAUGGCAAUUAUUAAUGCUCGACCACUAAUUCCUGUGUCCACAGAUCCAGAGUGGCCCUCUGUGUUAACACCAGCUAUGCUCCUCACACAAAAAGCAAAUUCUGCUCCUGCACCUGAAGGGAUAUUUGAUCUAAAAGACCUAUACAAGAAACAGUGGCGGCAUGUCCAAUGCCUUGCAGACAUGUUUUGGAAGCGAUGGAGACAGGAGUAUCUGGUGACACUUCAAUCCAGAAAGAAAUGGAUCGACUACAAACGGGAUGUUCAAGUCGGAGAUGUGGUCUUAUUGAAGGACGACCAAACCAAGCGAAAUGAAUGGCCAAUUGGUCUCAUUGUCACAAGUAUCCCAAGUCAUGACAAGAAGAUCAGAAAGGUGGAAGUUAGAGUUGUGAAGCAAGGGACUCCACGAGUUUACUUACGUCCAGUAUCACAAGUCAUUGUCCUUCUCCCCAAAGAACCAUCAGAAAAGACUGAUAAGUAAAUAAAAAUGAUUGUGGUAUAAACAUAUUUAUACCAGGCGGGGAGUGUGCUGGUAUAGCUUUAAAUAAGAAACUUGAGGCAGUUUACAUGGUUUUAAUGCCCCCUAGUGGCUUAGUUAGUAACAGCAUAGCCUCAAUUCAAACUUGUUUAGUUGUUAACUGACCAUCCAGCAGUGCAGUCAGUCAUUGUUUUCUCCCGGUGAAAUCUUGGCCCACAUAUGCCUGUAAGUUGCUCAUUUUGACGUUUUUUCAGUUACAUUGUCUUUUUGAGUUGAAUAUAUGUUGUUUUAGUUACUUUGAUAGACCAAAUAAGCUGUAAAAUGUUUGAAAUCAAAGGUAACUCUAUUAGCAUGUAUGCUAAUCUGUUUACAUGAAGGUAACUAGCUCUCUGGAAAUAUUUAGAUAGAGCUGUGUGUGUACACGUAUGUGAGAUUAGUUAAUUUUGUAGUAGCUAUCUCAGUAAUGUUAUACUGAACCAGUGUAUAUUUGGUGGUUUAGAUAUUUAUAUUUUUCCUUUGUUUAUUUCAGUUUUACAAAAAAGGAUAAGAGAGAAGAAAUAAAGAUUUUGAGUUUGAACUCUCUACUGUAUGCUGUCUGUCUAACUGGAUAGCUCCAGCCAGUUUCACGUUCAGUUGGGACA